AUGGGAGAUCAAGGUCUCCGUUGUCUGGACUGCCAGGGAAAGUUCGGACGGCCAGUGGCUGAGCUGAGGUGUGGCACCUGCGGGACUCUCUUUAAGAUAAAGGAGAUCCUGCUGUCGGCCCACUACCCGCCAGAAGGGGUAGUAUUCGCAGAGGUAGAGCUCCGUGCGCUCUGCUUCAAGCUGAAAGAGGUAGCUGCCAACCUCAAUCAGCAGCUGGCUUUGGGAGGUGUAGCACCUCCGGAAUUGGACAAAGGAGCGGGGCCCCAGGCCCGUGAGGACAUCCUUUCAACCACUCCAAAGUCCAAGCCGCCUGUGAAGGGAGGAAUUCCUCCUAAAGGCGAAGCUUCAGGAAGCAAGCCUGAGGGGGUCAAGGAGGAAGUAGACAUCGUCGAGGAGGAGCCGAUCGCCAAGAAGGAGAAGGAGCACAAGAAAAAGAAAAAGGUAAGAGGUGAGGAGAGAAAAGAGCGUAGCCCACGAAGUCAGGAGCCUAAGAAAAACAAGAGACGAAGCAGAAGCCCAAGAAGGAGUAGGAGCCGCCGGAGAAGAGAAGGUUCAGAGGAGGAUAGAAGAGAGCAUCACAGGAGAAAGGCGUCAAGUCCAAGGAGGAGAGAGGCUGAAGGGAGGAGAAGUCCGGUGAGGCCUAGGAGCCCUCCUGGACCACCACCCCCUAGACCACCUGAGAGGCGGUGGACGCAGUGGGAUCCAUAUCCAAAGCAUCCAGACGCAGAGAAUAAGGGAAAGAAGAAACGAAGGCAGCAGGCAUUGUUCAACGAGUUCAAGGCUAGGGCUGCCCCCAAAGGUGCACCCAAGGCAAAGGCCAAAGCAGGUGCCAAGGCAAAAGCCCGGGUGAGGAGCGGGCGAAGGCGAGGAGCAGAGGCGAGAGGAGAAGGUCUGGGAGACGAGAGUGUCUCCGGGAACUUUCAGAAGGGCCUGGAAGUUGAAGGAAAAGCAGUACCCAGGCAACUAUGGAAAACUGGGGAGCGCAUUGUGGCCACCAGGGCUACCUAUUGGGAGGAACCGGUUACCGUGGCUGGCAUUAUCAAGGCGGUCCUGGAGGAAGGUGGCCAGCUCUAUUUGAGGAUUCAGGUGGAGGGAAGCCAAGCGGAGAGCCUGGUCAAGUGGGCUGGGCUGAACCCCAUGAAGUACCUGGAGGUGCAUGUGUGCCACCCAGACUGUCCAAAGAUGGCCAGAGAAGGGCUAGUUCAUGGGAACCGGUUCAAGUUGCGCACAGGAGACAACAAAGAGGCUUGGAUGGAGAACCUUAUAGAGAUGAGGAGACCGGGUGCGGAGGAGGAGGACGAGCUCCAGAAGGUCCGAGAGAAGGCAGACGAGCGAAGAGGCGGCAGACCCGAGGAAGGUCAGAGGCCCCCAGGGGCCGGAGAAGAAGAGGAGAUCAGUUCAGAGUCAGAGGCAGCAGGGAAGAGAAAGAAGAAGAAAAAGAAGAGGAGAGCAGAGAGAGGCAGGGUGAAGAUCUCAGGAACCAAGGAGUUGGGGAGUGUGUUCGGGGCAACUGCCCUGGAUCCCAAGCCGGAGGUGAGGAAAACAAUCCGCAAGAGAGCCAGGCGUGCAGCAAAGAAAAGAAGCAAGAAGCAGGACUCGACUUCCUCCGGGUCUCCAGGGAGCUCCAGCGACAGUGGGAGUUCCCUUGGAGAAGGAGCUCAACUCUUCGGGGAGGAAGUUCGAGUAAAGAUGGUAUGGAAACGCUUCCCGGGGGCGUUGACCCUCAACACCCUGGAGUUCAUCCAGGCGGCUGUGGUCAGUCAGACUGGGCAGCCGUGGCAGCUGGAUCGAUCCAGCCUACCUCCAAUUUUCUCCCAAUAUUGGAGACAGGCCUUGUCAAACAAGAUGGGAGGUGCCAUGAGCAGAGAAGCACAAACGCUCUGCUUUGCCCAGGAUCUUUUGAUCCAAGGGCGGGUGGCGGCAGCAUGCGAUGUGUUGACCCAGAGAUUAAAGGGUCUGGAACAAGUGACUGCAGGCAGCCAUUAUCUGGUCAGCCAGAGGCAGGAGCUUGUACCAGUGGACACCGCGAUGAUGACGUCGCCCACGGAAGCCCUGGAAGCAGCAAGGCUACAGAGGGAGGAGCAGCGGUCCCGGACAGCAGCAGCCAGACCUUGGGAGCGCAGAGCAGAGUGGGAAAGGAGACCAGAGGAGAACAAGGGCAAAGGAGAAAGAGAAAGGGAAGAAGUGAAGCUGAAGAGAAGCUGGGAGUUGGCAGACUCCGAGAAGGUUGCAGAGAGCGAGGAAUUUCUUCGCCAGGAGGUUGAAGCUGAAGGCUUUGGGGCUGUGAGGGUGCCAGGGCCUGCGGCGAUCUACAGCGGCGCGACCAUGGAGCCAGGUCCGACCGGACUAGGUGUGUCGUUUGAUCAUGAACUUGGUGCCCACCAACAAGUUGUGCAGAAACCUGGGCGGGACAAACCAGGGAGCAGUGCGGCCUGGCUUUAUAGGGUUUAUCUGGACAAUUUUGAUGCCUUAGAACGGUGUGAUCGCAAGUUGGCCUCGUUGAUCAAGGGCGAGCCCUCAGUUGAGGCUCUUGCUUUGCGGCAGGGGUACACUGAGUUUGGGUUACCUCGGCACCCAAAGAAGUCGGUCCAGCAGGAGACGGUUGCAGAGAUUCAAGGGGCCGUUGUCAACGGGGUGACAGGCAUGGUCGAACCCAAGGUUCAGAAGGUCCUGAAGUAUGUGGACCUGGCGUGGCAGUUGCUGCAAUCAGGAAAGGGAUCCCAAAAGCAGCUACAAGUUGUAUGUGGGGGCUUUGUGUAUUGCUGCAUGUUCCGUAGGCCACUGCUGGGAAUGCUGAACCAGGUUUGGAAGUUCAUCAUGUCCUUUGAGAAUGAACCCCCAGUGGUUAAGAAGCCUUUGCCAGGGCUGGUGCAAUACGAGAUGCUGCGCUUCAUGUUGGCAGUGCCGCUGGCACAGAUGAACCUGCGUACUCCGGUAAGAGGAGAAGUCACAUGCAGUGACGCCUCUGAAUGGGGUGGUGGCUUUUGUGUGUCAAAAGGCCUUACACCUAUGGGAGUGCAUGCAGCGGGGUGCCAUGUAAGGGGAGAUCUCCCUGAGAUUGAGGAUCACAUCCAAGUCCUGACCAUUGGACUGUUUGAUGGGAUUGGGGCCCUUAGGGUUGGGGCUGACGUGCUCAAGCUUCCGAUGGCGGGACAUGUGAGCUCGGAGGUAUCAAAAGAAGGUUGCAGAGUUCUUGAAAGCAACUUUCCAGACUCUGAGCAAAUCGGUGAUGUGAACAACAUCAAUGAUGAUAUGGUGCUCUCGUGGGCGGUCCGGUAUAGCAAUGUGGGGCUGGUGGUAGUGGGUGGAGGACCACCAUGUCAAGGAGUAUCCGGACUCAAUGCGGAUAGAAAAGGGGCGUUGAAGGACGCCCGCAGCAGUUUGUUUGUGCACGUGAAGCGGGUAUACGAACUCUGCAAGGCCCGUUUUAAAUGGGCCCAGGUUCAGUACAUGAUGGAAUCCGUCUUCUCCAUGGAUGCACAAGACCGGGCCACUAUGAGUGCACAUAUGGGAGUACAACCCUAUCUGGUGGAUGCCGCGGACAUUGCUAUCUGUCGACGCCCCCGCCUCUAUUGGCUUUCAUGGGAGAUUCAAGAAUCUCCGGUGGUUACUCUGGUCCCCCACGGGGAAGGGGUGGAACAAUACUUUGAGGUUAAGCUAGAAUUCCAGGUGGACAAGGCGCAGUAUUUGCAAACGGGGUGGUCCCUGGAUGCGGAUGUCCUGUUGCCCACUUUCACCACAUCCCGGCCUAGAUCAUCGCCGGGGAAUCGCCCUGCGGGGCUCUGGCAAUGUGAACCUUGGGAGCGAGACAGGUGGGUUGCAGACAAGCACAGGUACCCUCCAUAUGUCUACCGUGACAAACAUCUUCUAGUAAAUCAGCAAGGAGAACGACGCCUGCCCAGCAUCGCAGAGAAGGAAGUGGCCAUGGGUUUCCCUGUGGGGUACACUGGAGCGUGUGUCCCUAAGGGCCAGCAGAAGGGAGAGAGUUACCUGGACAGCCGACACAGCCUUGUCGGCAACUCCUGGCAUGUACCUGUGAUAGCGUGGCUGCUGUCACAGCUUUGUCACCCUCUCGGGUUGACGCCCUAUGGGAGUUUAGAUGAGGUGGUAAAGGCGGCUAGUCCAGGUCAAGACAAGGGGUUGCAAGGGUUUCUUCGAAGACCCCCUCUAAACCCUCUCCGUAAGCAGAACAGAGAAGCCCCGGAGACUCAAUUGACUAAGAAACUGCUACAAUUUGUGUCUGUCAAGGGAGAGGAUCUUCUCCUACAGGCUGAAAGUGAGAACUGUGUUCGAUUUCACCGCUUGAGAGCCUCGGCCAUGACAUGUUGUGUGAAUUUUCUGGGCGACGCUGACUCCACAGGGGCGAUUUGUGGCCAGAUGGCUGGGGCAUUCUAUGGCCUUUCAGCGAUCGACCCACGCCUUAUCCAGCGUUUGCGACGCUGGGAUCGCGACGAGAUUGCCUUUCGUGCGGCCCUGCUCUUCUCCUGUGGGCAAGGCUACGCCAUCCGAGAGUGUCUCAAAGAGCUGUCCGGAGGUGCACGGAGGCCGACCCUUUUGGAGAGUGGCAAGAAGAGCGAGGCGAAGGCCAAUAAGGAGCCGCCAGAGCCACGGCCAGAGCCACCGGAAGCGGUGCCUGUGGACUCGUUACCAGCAACAGGGCUGAUGACCCUGGACUCAGAGGGUGCAACAGUGCGAGGCAAAGGUCUUUGUUACCGAUGUCAACUAUGA